CAGCCUGAAGGAUGCUGGGCGGAGCCAGACUAGCUGCUCAACAGGUCAGCUGGCUGCUAGGGGUUGCUUAGUGCUUCUGCAGGGACAAGACAGAGACUGGCAUGGAGCAGGGGAAGCAGCUGGCUGGCCUCAUCCUGGCCGUCACUCUUCUUCAAGGUACUCUGGCCCAGUCAAAACAAGAAAUUCCUGUGGUAAGAGUAAACAGCGAUCGAGAAGAUGGUUCGGUACUUCUGACUUGUGAGUCACCAGACAAAGAUGUCAAAUGGUUUAAAGAUGGGAAGGAAAUAAAGCCCCACGAAAAGAAUAAAAAUAUACAGAAUCUGGGAAGCAGUAUCAAGGACCCUCAAGGGAUAUAUUGGUGUCAAGGAUCCAAGAACCGCUCAAGAACACUCCAAGUGUAUUUCAGAAUGUGUCAGAACUGCAUUGAACUAAGCGGAGCCACCGUAUCUGGCUUUGUCUUCGCUGAGAUCAUCAGCAUUUUCUUCCUUGCUGUUGGGGUCUACUUCAUUGCUGGACAGGAUGGAGUUCGCCAGUCAAGAGCUUCGGACAAGCAGACUCUGUUGUCCAAUGACCAGCUCUACCAGCCCCUCAAGGAUCGGGAAAAUGACCAUUACAGCCACCUUCAAGGAAAACAAUUGAGGAAAAAUUGAACUCAGGACUCAAAGUAGAUAUUUCAAAUGUCUCCUCCAGGGCAAAAUCACCUUUUGUUAAGAACCACUGACCUCUAUUAACUUUCAAUCAACCAAUCAAUCAAUCAGAAGCUCUGAUUCAAUCAAGCAGGAAAAGUGUCUAUCAGGAAAACAAGACCCAAGCAUUAUUUGGUUUUCUGAACCCACCCCAAUUUUUCUUUUUUCAAUCCAGGUGUCCUCCCUUCUGGAUAGGUCUCAGGAACAUAGCAAUACGUUUUGGAGCACUCCUAGCUGAGAGAAUUUCAGCCCUAAAUCUAGAUUCAAGUUUCCCAAAGGCGACAAAUGGGGAAGAAAGGCCAUCAGAACAAAUUUGGAUUUUUCUCAAAAUAAAACAAAAUUAAAGGAAAAUAAUAUGUAUGGUGUUGCAGGAGCGCCACCUAUUGGAAGGUAGUUUUUCUGUAAAAGAAAAUUGAAAAGAUCUAAUAACCCCUCUAUUUGAAUAUUAUUUUUUAAAGUUUUAAUUUUUGUUUACUUUUUGUAUGUGUCAUAAUUUACUUGGUUUAAAUAUGCAAUGAAAGGUCUCCCUCCACCUCCAUCCCCAGCCAUUCAGCUGUCCUCUCCAGAGACAAAACAACAUACUAGUUUCAUAUAAGGUGUUAUAAAUCAGAGUAUUCUAGGCAUACACAAGCAAGCUCUUAAGUACAUAUUAUUCUCCCUUUCCCUAUUUUUCACACCAAUGGUAUCAUGCUAUCUCCAUCUUGCACUUUCACCUAAUAAAACCCUAAGAUUGACGCAGCUGGGUGGCUCAGUCAGUUGAGCAUCUGACUUUUCAUCUCAGCUCAGGUUAUGAUCUCAUGGUUCAUGAGUUCAAGCCCCACGUUGGGCUCUGUGCUGACAGUGUGAAGCCUGCUUGGGAUUCUCUCUCUCUCUCUCUCUCUCUCUGCCCCAACCUCUUUCUCUCUGUCUCUCUGUCUCUCUCAAAAUAGAUAAAUAAACUUUUUAAAAAAAUAACCUUAAGAUUAUUUCAUAUCAAUAAGUAAAGGAACUUUUUUUUUAAUGCAGCCACGUUGUACAGAUACGCUAUAUUUUAUUUAACCAAUGCUCUACUGAUGGGCAUUUAAGUUGCUUCCAAUAUUUUGUUCUUACAAUGCUGUAAUGACUAACAUUGUAUAAGUGUCAUCUAAAAAAAAUAAUUGUAUUGAGGUAUAGUUUACAUGCCAUAAAAUUCACUCAUUUUAAGCAAUUUCUCCUGUUCUCCGUGUUAGAGAAUUUACUCAAUUGUACCCUCAUCACCAUAAACCAGUUGUAGAACAUUUUCAUUGCCUUCUUCAGAUUCCUUGUGCUGUUUCCAGUCAUUCCCUGUUCCCACCCUCAGCCCCAGGCGAUGACUAUUAUCUUUUCUGUCUCAUCAGAUUUGCCUUUUCUGGACAUUUCAUAUAAAUGGAAUUAUACAAGCUACUCUGGACAUUCUCAUGUUAAUCUUUGUGUGGGUGUCUUCAUUUUUCUCGGGUUGAUUCAUGGGUGUGAAGAAUUGCUAGGUUGUAUGGUAAAUCUCUGUUUAGCCUUUUAAGAACCUCCCUGUACCAUUUUACAUUCCCACUAGCAAUGGGUGAGGGUUUCUGUUUCUCCACAUCCUCACCAAUAUUUGUUACUAUAUAUAUUUUUUUAGUAUAGCCAUUCUCGUAGGUAUAAAAUGGUAUUUACUGGACCUUUAAUUUGCAUUUCCCUAAUGACUAAUGAUGUUGAACAUCUUUUCACAUGCUUAUUAGCCUUUCUUACAUUUUUUGUGAAAUGUCUAUUCAAAUCUUUUUUUUUUUUAGUUUUUUUUUUUUGUCUCACUGUUGAAUUGAAAGAGUUCUUAUAUAUUUUGAAUAUAAGUCUUUUAUUACAAGACAUUAUUUGGAAAUACAUCUACCAGUCUGUGGCUUGCCUUCUCAUUCUCUUCAUGGUGACUUUUGAAGCACAAAGAAAUUUUAAUUUUGAUGAAGUCCAUUUUAUCCAUUUUUUCUCUUAUGGAUUGUGCUUUUGGUAUCAUGUCUAAGAACUCUUUGCCAAACCCAAGAUCACAAAAAUUUCUUCUAUGUCUUCUUUUUACAGUUAAAAUUUCCAUAGUUUUAGUUGUGACAUUUGAACAUGCUUAAGACUAUUUGUAACAAAUACAAAUAAAUGAACUUUGGAUACUGUAA